AUGGCCCGUGUGCAUUGCAAAAAUUUGGUGAGAAUAUAUAAACCAUCUUUCUUCUUUCUCUUUGAGACUCAUACCAUGUUUAGUAAUUUGAAGAAUUUUUGGGAUAAGUUGGGUUUUCAUUGUGUUGGUAUUGAGGAAGCAGUAGGAUACAGGGGUGGCAUUUGGUUUCUAUCUUCUAUUGCUAAUGCUUCUUGUGUGAUUAUUGACCAAAUUGACCAAUGUAUCACAGUGAAAGUGAGUGUGGGCCAUAAUGGACCGUGGAUGGCCGUUGGUGAUUUUAAUGAGAUUGUGGCACCAGACGAGAGUACAUGUGCUUAUUUUUCUUCUCACAGAGCUAGUCUAUUAGCUACUACUCUAGAUGACUGUAAGCUCUUUGAUCUUAAAGUGACUGGUAGGAGAUAUACUUGUUCAUUGUCAUGGUGGCCCCAGAGUGAAAAUUCUCGUUCUUUUAGGUUCCAAGCUGCGUGGGCAACACAUUCUUCUUAUAAACAUGUUAUGAGUAAGGCUUGGAAUCAAGAGUUUGGAGGCGUUACUGAAAGGCUUAAGAUAGUUCAACAUGCUUCUUUGGACUUUAACUCAAAUAUUUUUGGAAAUAUUUUUGUGCGAAAAAGUAAGCUAGAAUAUCAAAUUGAUCAGAUUCAACGGCGUGUGGAGGUUACCAAUGUGUUAUCUCUGAGAAUUAAAGAAGCUGAACUGAGGGAAGAUUAUAAUAGGCUUUUAUUGCAAGAAGAACUUUUUUGGUACCAAAAAUCUAGAGAGCAGUGGGUCAAGUAUGGGAAUAGAAACACUAAAUUCUUUCAUCUUCAGACUUUGGUGCGUAGAAACCAUAAUAGAGUAUAUGGAUUAUAUGUUAGAGAUGGGUCUUGGUCUACUGAUCCAUAUAUUCUCCAAGAAGAAGCCCUCUCUUUUUACAAGAAUCUCUUUGGUACAACGGAAGAGGUUGAGGUUGAUUGUUUAGGGGAUGUUCCGAUGCCCACUCUAAGCACUGAGGCUUGUGCUAGGUUAACUAACCCUGUCUCUUUUGCGGAAGUCAAGUCAGCAGUAUUCAGUAUGAGCUCUUUUAAGGCUCCUGGUCCAGAUGGCUUUCAAGCUUAUUUUUUUAAAGAAUAUUGGGAGAUAGUAGGCACUGAGAUUUGGAAUAUUGUCUGGAGUACUUUUUUGGGAGAGUACUUAAAUUCUAGCAUCAUGGAAACUCUGAUUGUACUUAUUCCUAAAAUUGAUAACCCUACCUUUAUGAAGGAUUUCAGGCCUAUUAGCUUGUGUAAUGUUGUUUAUAAAAUUAUCACCAAAGUUUUGACUAAUCGACUUCGGCCUUUUCUUUCAGAUAUUGUGAGUCAUUUACAAGGAGGUUUUAUUCCGGGUUGUGGUGCUCCUGAUAAUAUUAUUGUGGCCCAAGAAAUUCUGAAUUUCAUGAAGCACACAAAAUCCAAGCAAGGUACUCUUGCUUUUAAAAUUGAUCUUGAAAAAGCUUAUGAUAGGGUGGAUUGGAGGUUUUUGGAGAGUACUCUCGUUGCUUUUGGUUUUCCUAUCAUCACUGCUACAAAGAGUCAGGUUCAAAUGGUCAUGCAUUCUCUUAACAUGUUUUGCAAGGCAUCUGGCAUGAAAGUGAAUCUUGAAAAGUCUAAAGCUUUUUGUUCUAAAAAUGUGACUGCUCAUAGAAGAGAUAUUUUUACUAGUGUUUCUUCAAUACGGUUUGCUUUGGACUUAGGAAGAUAUCUUGGAGUUAACCUUAAUCAUUCCCGUACCAGUAGGGCUUCUUUUCAUUCGGUGAUUGAAAAGUUCCUUUGGAAGGGUCAAGUUGAUGGUAGAGGUCUUUCUCUUGUUAAUUGGAGGACCGUGAUCACUCCAAAGAAAUUUGUGGCCUGGGACAAGCCUUGGGUUGCUCUAUUGAGGGCAAAGUAUCUGAAGAAUGAAGGAGUUUUAGAUGGCCCUGUCCCUUGGUGCGUUGGGUCACUUGAUCAAUCUUUUUGGUUUGACAAUUGGAAAGAUGUCAAACAGCGUUUGAAUGCUUAUAAUCCAGAUUUGAAUGCUGGAGAGAAUUCGGGUUGGUCGUGGGGUGUGGCAUUUUCUAGACUUUACUCAGCUAGGAGUGGGUAUAGUUGUCUAGGCAAAAGAAAGUUUGGCUGGAAUGAGCAUGAUAGGUGGUUGUGGGUAUGGCGACUGCAUAUUCCUGAGAAGUACAAGUUCUUAAUUUGGCUCAGUCUUCAUAAUGCUAUUCCUACGGCAGAGUUUCGUUUGGGUCGUGGCUUAGCUUUAUCUAGCACCUGUCAUCGGUGUCAGAAUGGUUCUAAAUCCAUUCUUCAUUGUCUUCGGGAGUGCCCUAGUGCCAAGGAGGUCUGGAACCUUUUAGGCCUGUAUUCAGAUAACUCGGAUUUACAUGAUUGGCUCUACAGAGGUGCAAGGAGUGGAGAUAUUUUUCUUUUCUUUUUGACCAUCUGGUGGAUUUGGAGAAGCAGGAAUCAUGAUUUAUUUAUUAAUAUAGAUGAUUCUUGGAGUGCUAAUAAAGUGGUGAGUUUGAUUCGUAGUUCAAUAAGGGAGUUUCACACUAUUUUUGCUAUGCAUCAAUCUUUGUCUCCUCCUUCGCUUUGUUUGCAUUGGGUUCCACCUCCAGUUCAUUCUGUUAAAUUGAAUUGUGAUGCUAGUUAUUUUGUUCCUUUGGGCUAUGCUAGGUUUGGUUGUAUCAUUCGCAAUCCUGAUGGAUGUUGGUUGAAAGGUUGCAUUGGAAAAGUCGAAGUGUGCAGUGUUCUUUUGGAUGAAUUGUAUGCAAUUUAA